AUGAAUCUCUCGAGAAUGCUUGGACAAAAGCCGAAUAAGAGGCAGGCCAAAGUUUUGCCAGGGAUUUCGCUGAGUGAACUAGCCAGGCCAUGGAUCAUCGAUACAUACCAACCAGUUUGCGAUCCGCUCUGGCUCAUGCCUCACAAUCCGGAAGUCGGGAGGGGGAACGCCACAGGCCACAGGACACAGACCCUUAAACGCCUUGUCCUGGGCACUCAGAUCGUCACAAAGGAUGAGCCGAUCCAGGGUCUCCGUGGGAUGACGCUUCUUGAUACGUGCCCGAAAACGGUCUCCCAUCGUGGGGUCUUCCAAGGGACCCCACAACUUGAUAGAAGUCUGCCCGAAGUAAAAGUCGGGGUCGGUGACUUGGUCGUCUUUGGAUCCCUCAAAGAGGCCGACAUGUGGGAGAUAGGAAAGGAGCAGGCAGAGAGCUUGAGCCGAAAUCUGAUCGGGUACGGUAGGAGGUUCCACGGAGACAAAGCACGAAACAUAAUACUGAUCGAUGCACCAUCCGGACUCGGUGGCGAGACAGGUGUCACUGCGACAGCAAUACAAAGAGGAGACACUUUUGAGGACCUCCUUGCCCCGGAUGUGAAGCACAGACAAUCUACGCAUAGUGCGACCUGGCUUCUCGGAAGUCUGAUGGUCGAGCCUCAGGCGAUCGUAUAUCUUGCUGGCAAUGAACAUUCGCCCGUCAGCACUGCUGUCCUCACCCCUGAGCUUGAUACUCCUCAAAAAGGCUCCGACAGUCCCAACCUCGUACCCGCACCACGUCAGCUUCCCUUGCGUAAGAUCUUGAGGCGAUAUCGACAUAGCAAACUCUGGAUCAAGCUCCUCUGCUAUAGUCUACUGAGCAUCGUCGCCGGGAUAGGAUACCGUGAUGCAGAGCUGAGGCUUGUUCCCCGUCCGCCAGACGCCCUCAUCCCCAUGAUGAAUUGUUCGCCUAGAUCUCACGAGACCGAUCUGUGGAGGGGGAGUCGUGUAUUGCGGACUCCGGAGUGA